CUAAACUCUCCUCUUUUCAGGCCGGCAGCCCCUUGCUGAGUUGGUCGCAAUCAUUGUUUCUCUGCAGCAUUAACCACAUUCCACAGAGGCGCAGCGCAUCCCGUCUACAUCCCCGCAUUCCUUUUACAAGAACGAGUCCCCGCAGUAAAACGGCGUUUAUUUCACGUUUCCCUCCGCCUGCUGAGCUCGGACUUACACAUUCGUGAUAUUCGCAGCGUAGCAGAUUAUCCGGGGCAGUUUAAUUCACAGAGGAGAGGCGGGAAGAGAAAUGUAGAGGAAAAACCAACAAGGGGAAAUUCCUCCGCGCAGCGCGCCAUUGACUGUAAAGACCUUUCAACUUAACAAAAACUGAAGUUGACAAACGUUUCCCUGUCGGCUGCAACUGUGAGAAAGAGUUUGUGUUGUUUGCGCGGAGCGGGGCCGAGCAGGAGGAGACGAUGCGGGACUCGGUGGAGGUUUGCGGGUGUACGUCGGAGUGUUUAGUGUGAAUGAGAGACGGCAGCACCGCGGCGUUUUGUUUUGAUUUCCAUGUGAAACGCAAUUAGUGCUCCGCCGCGCUGCUCGGAGCGGAGCGACACCGAGAGUGAACUUGUUUCUGCCUCAACAUGGAGCGCUACCAGGAGGAGCUGGGGCUCCGGAUGGACGACCUGUCCCUGUACGAAGCCUACAAAGACGGGAUGUACAACUCCAGGAGAGACUUGGUGAUUAACCCCGACUUGGACUUCUCGGCUCCGGCGCUAGCGGAGCACAAAAGUGCGCCGAUGAAUGGCAGCUCUGUGCUCCACCAGCAGCAUCACACGGUGGAGAAUUUCACGCCUGGAAAUAAAGUGUACAACGCGGCUCCGGUGAGACCCGUCGGCUGCAACCGGGCCGUGCCGGUGGACUUCUGCGCCCCGCAAAGAGACGCGGGCUACACCGAGGAGGGCUGCUGCACCAAAUCCGAGGUGGCUCUGCCCUGCUACACCGGCGCUGCGGAGCGGCACCGGAGGUACUCUCUGGAAGUGCAGGGCCACAGGUACAGCACCGGCUCCGCCUUCGACGGCGUGCCGCUCAACAAACCGGUGGCUCUCCCCGGCAACAGGUGCAACAGCGUCUGCAUCAGCAGCAGCCACGACGGGAGGUACAACGCCACCAGCCCGCGGUCCAGCCUGGCGUCCUCCCUCUCCUCCCAGGAGCAGAGCAAGCAUGUCAGCCCGAGGUCCAGCAUCAGCAGCCCGCGUACGAGUCUGGUGGUGCCGGGUCAGGACAGGUACACCAGCCCCAGGUCUAGUUUGGUGCACUGCGAGGGCAGUAGCGUGCUCAGCCCCAGGUCCAGCUAUGCAAGCACCGCCAGCGACACGAGUAAGCACUCCAGCCCCCGGGCCAGCCUCAACAGCUGUGACUGCUGCAGCAAGCCCAGCAGCAACCGCACCAGCGGCAUCAGCAUGGGCUACGACCAGAGACACGCCAGCCCGAGGUCGAGCACGGCCAGCCAGUACUCCUUCACCACCAGCCCGAGGUCCAGCUACUCCGAUUCCCGGUACGGGCCCGUGGUCAACCACGAUCUGGAGGGGGCGAUCCUCCACGCCGCGCCGCUGGCGAGUCCCCGCUCCAGCAUCUGCAGCCAGGACGGGAGCGCCAGACCGGGGACCACCGCUAACUGCGUGGUCAGCCCCCGCUCCAGCAUCUCCAGCCACAGCUCCAGAAGUUCCCGCAGCUCUAGGGGUUCUAUGAGCACCUACCCGGACCUGCAGCUGCCCUCACCCAGGUCGUCGAUGCUGGGCAGCGGAUUACACGAAGACACGCUGCUGCAGGAGUUUGGAGACUCCAACGGGAUCCAGAGCCGCCUCCACCUGCAGGGACUCUCGGCGGUGCCCGAGCCCCAGCUGCAGGCGGCAGGAACCCCGGAGAUGACCGCAGGGUCGCAGUCGUCGUUUAGUUACGGGGUGUCCACAAAGGCAACUACCACGGGCCAGAGGUAUAAGUUACCUUACCAGGUGACCCCCAGCCGGGAGAGCGGGCCGAGCCAGGCGGAGAGGCGGCUGGAGGCGCUCACCUUGGAGCUGGAGAAGGAGUUAGAGAUGCACAUGAAAAAGGAAUACUUUGGUAUCUGUAUCAAAUGUGGGAAGGGUGUGUAUGGAGCCAGCCAAGCGUGCCAGGCCAUGGGGAACCUGUAUCACACGAACUGCUUCACCUGCUGCUCCUGUGGGAGAAGGCUGCGAGGGAAAGCAUUCUACAACGUCAACGGGAAGGUCUACUGCGAGGAGGAUUUCCUGUACUCUGGUUUCCAGCAGACGGCUGACAAGUGCUUCGUGUGUGGUCACCUCAUCAUGGAGAUGAUCCUCCAGGCGCUGGGCAAGUCCUACCAUCCAGGCUGUUUCCGCUGCGUGGUGUGUAAAGAGGGUCUAGAUGGAGUGCCCUUCACUGUGGAUGUAGAGAACAACAUCUACUGUGUUAAAGACUACCACACGGUUUUUGCUCCCAAGUGUGCCUCCUGCAACCAGCCAAUCCUUCCAGUCCAGGGCUCUGAGGAAACCAUCCGGGUUGUUUCUAUGGACAAGGAUUACCAUACAGAGUGUUACCACUGUGAGGACUGUGGUCUGAAGCUAAACGACGAGGAGGGCCACCGCUGUUAUCCACUGGAAGGCCACCUGCUCUGCCACAGCUGCCACAUCCAUCGGCUCCAGUCGCAGGUCACCGCCCACCCGCCCCCCAGCUACCCCCUCCACGUCACUGAGCUGUGAGGGGGAGUAAGGUGGGCAGCAACCGAGCCCUGCCUCUCAGGUGUUCUGCAACUCCACCAGCGGGCAAAAGAAAGGCCUGCACCCCCUCCAGCCUCUGUGUGGCCAUCCGAGCUCCCGCCCCUGUCCUGGACCGGUUAGCCAGGCCGCGGACUAGCACACACAGUGCAGCUCCCACCACAAGCCCUGCCGUCACAUGACAGGGCUGGGAAAAAAGGGUCCCCCCUUCACCUCCAUCUGCGGUCCUUCUCCCCCCCUUCCCCUUGGGUGCCUAACCCUGAAAGCCAACUCGCUGGCUCAUCCAGAGGCCCCUGGUGACGCCACACCUCCUGACCCCUGCACAUUCAUCAAAGAGAGGGGUUUUUGGUUUGGAAAAGAGAACACAAACUCACUUUCUCUCUCUCUUUCCUCGCUUGCCUUGCUUGCUUUCCAUGUUUUUCAUUCCUGCGCUCUGACUGAAGCGGUUCACCGCAGUGGAUUCACCAGCGCUGUCACGUCUGAGAACUCGGUGGCAGGAAGACCGGGGAGCGAGCCACUACAUUCCAGUGCCGACAGGGCCGGACAGGCCCCAGGGGUGGGCAUGCUUUGCCUUCAGAGUGGGGCCCUCUAUGUGCAGCUACUAACACUAAAAUGGAGCCCUGCUAUAGGCUAUGCAAAGCACACCCAGCAUCAUGUCACAGAGCCGUGAGAGGGGGAAAAAAAGACUGUUGACUCAUUGCCCCUCUCCUUGCACCACCCCAACAAAACCGAUGCACCGUAGCACCACGAGCCCAGAGGACCGACUGACAUUCCACUUAUAGAAAUCUUAGAUGAGACCUCGAGAGAUUCACAAGCAGUGUCUUAAUUAAUGAUUAUAUUAUGACAGAAAAAGAAAAUUUUAGAUGCACAUAGAUUGUCUUUUAUACAUGAAUAUAUAUUUUGCAGAUGUUUUCCACAUAAGAUCCUAGAUGUAGAAUCUCUCUUUUUGUUGCUGCGCUCGUGAUCGAUUCCGAGGUGAAACACGCCGUCUGACGCCUCAGAACACGUUUGGGCUUUUGUAUCAUUUCUCGUCCAGGACACGGAGCCUCCUCGAGUUGGUCACUGGGUCGGAGAUCCAAUUUUUUUUUAAAGCAGCCUUGGCUCAAAUAGUAUUUGCCUGCAGUUGUUUCGUUCCACUUUGAGUACCAAAUGACUAGUUCACAAAUGAGUUUGGUUUGUCACAGAAUAACCCUCUAAAACACACAGUGUCAAACAUUUCUAAACUCUUACGAUUAUUUUUCAAGAUUUCUUUUACAAGUGUUGCAUUAAAUUCCCACAAAUGAGACAAUUUUGCUUUCCGUCAGUUGUGCCACUGUGUUUACAAACUAUCGUUCUCUGAGAUUUACCAAGGGAUAAGCAAUUACCAUGUCCUUGCUUGUAAAAUAUCUUUGAUGGCUGCAUCUUUUAUGUUUCUCCACGGAGCAUUUGUGAUUGUCAGCAGACCCAGCAAGCGAUAGCAGAAUGUACAGGUGCAGGCUGGGUAGAGCCAGAAGAGAUGGUGCACUAAUUAACAGAUAAAACUACUUAAAAACACUAAAAGUAAAGCCUGUGUGGGGAAAGGCUGCCAUGCAUAUGUUAUAUUCCAUAUUUAUAUUUGCUUUGGCAGUCUGUAUGGAUCUGGAACAUGGACUCAGUCUAUGCGUCCAUGAGUACUAUGGAAAUCAGUCAUUAAGAAGUAGCUACAUUUCUUCAAUAAAGAUAAAUGAGAACGGGUAAAAGUGAUUCUCUAUUAGCGACACCUCCCAUGCUGCCGUAUGAAUCUGGCAUCUUGCCAUUUGCUGCUCAAAGAGGAUGAAACUGCAUAAACUGCUAAAAUACCCUUUUAGCCUCAGGUCUGUCCAGUACACUGGCUCUUGGUAUGUUUUUUUCCAGACACUGGUUUUGUCACACAAGCACUGAGAACACAGUGUUCCUAUAAGGAACCGCCACUUGUCCGCAUGCCUUAAGACAGAACAGGUAUGUUUGGGUGUCUCGCUCUGGGGCCUGUACCAUGAAGCACCUUCAGAUCAGCCUGGGUUUACUGGAUUCACUGAGCCCGACAUCGGCCGUCCUGGAUGAACUGUAUCACGAAGCUUAGUUAUCAGCUGGCUCUGUUAACUCUGGAUUUACUAAUCUGGCUAUGAGAAUGUUCAAGUUCCAGUUUUUAUCUCGUCUCCUCUUGUUAGUGUGAGCUGCUGUGACACAAUCAGAGUGUAAAAACAUCCACAUUGUCAGGAAUCGAUCUGAUAAUCGGUGUAUAAUUAAUUGAAGUGCAGAAGUAAUCCUCAUUAUGUGACUGUUAGGUGGGAAACUAAGUCUGGAGCAGCAAAACAAUUCCACUGAUCUAUAAAAAUAUCUAUUGAACUUUAAUUAUUUCUCACUUCAACUCUUUUUGUCCAUGUCAGGAUCCAGUAGAAAUGCUUUCCCAGGGAUCUGAUCUGAUCAGUGAUCAGGCUGCUGACAGCUUCUGUUCUCUGAAGUUCACAGGCUCCAGAUCAGGUUAGCCAUGCAGCCUAGGUAACCAUGGCGAUCUACCCUGGUUUAAAAAAAAAAUGAAGAACUGAGCCAGCUUCAUGAUAUCAACAAACCUGAUUUCAGCCCACUGAUAGCUGGACGACCCCCUGAACUCGCUUUGUGGUGCAGGCUCCUGGUCCGCCAUGAAGUCUGCUGUUGUGUUUUCUGGGGGAACAGCCCUGAAAACCUGGAGCUGCUGGUCCCACCCACGUUUUUAGGAAGCAUCCCCCCCCCCCUCCCCCAACCAUAUUUCCCUUGCUUGUUAUGUGUGUCUGAGUGUGUGUGGAUGUGUUUGUGUGAGUACUGUGUGUGUAUAUGCAAAAGAAAAUCUACAUGAGACAGAAAAACAACUUGAAGCUCUGAGCUGUAGUGUCACUGGUGGAAAAGACUCUUCACCCCUCUCCACUGGGUUUCUGCUGUUAUGUGUUUUUUUUAGGAUUGGAGCGCAGCAGCUCAUGGAGCCAGAAUUCAAGAUAUUGUAGGAAACUUUAUCUUUUGAGGUAAAAAAUCACUGCAUCAUUCCUGCACAAGCAAAAAUCUGAUUUAUGCAGAUUAACCCCAACUGUUUGUGAAAAUUGUGUGCUAGUGUGUGCGUGUGUGUGUGCGUGUGUGUGUGCACCAGUGGCAGGGCCAUGGCACAUACACCUCACUGUGUUUGCAGGGCAGCACAGCAUCAAACACAGUGAACCCCCGCUCUCUCAGUGACGAUUUUGAUGUUGUCCAUCACGUACCUUGAUGUUGUUUUAGCACAUUGACGGGUUCACACAUGUUGUAGUACCUGAUCAAUGUAUCAUAUUCCGACUGUAGCAAAUUCCACCCGUGUGGUUUAUUCAACAGAGAACAAAUUAAUCGCCAACUGUUAUUUCCACCUCUGGCACAGCUCUUAUUCAUACUGUAAUACUGUACAAUGGACACUCACGUGUGAAUAAAUACUACUGAAUGUGUCAAAGACUGAAGCAGAGACUGAAGCCAAGGGUCACCACCGGCAGAUUUUUUUUUUUUUUUUUUUAUGUAACCUGAUGUAAUGAGAUUCAUUGGAAUGUAAUAAUGUUUAGUUGUUCUCCUCCUAGAUGUACAUUUGUAAAAGCAGAGACUGCAAACUGAUACACGAGACAUUCCCCUUGUUUUCAGAUGUGUUUUUACCUCAGCUGUGUACAAGAGUUCUGGUCACGAAGAAUGAGGCAUUUUCUGGACUUAACCUGCACAAUAUCAACCCCACUGAGAAAAACCUAAAAAGACUGUAAAGCGUGUAUCCCCUUUAAAAGAUGUCUUAAUCCACCUGUUUUAAGAGUGCUACUUCAGUUUCUAUUGCAUAGCACACAGCUAGUUACCCUGUACAUAAAGAGGCUAGUUUUUUAUUUUAUUUUUUCUGUCAGAAAUCACUUGGAAAGAGAAGAAGUUUUUUUUUUUUCUCCUACUGGUAGUUCCAAUAAGCACAUCUCAACACCUGUCACACAACUUUUGUAUCUCUAAAAUGUUUUUGAUUGCCUAGAUGGUUCAUAAAAAAGGAAACUAGAUCUAUUUAUCUAAACAUGAAAAAGUUAUUUAAUGUAUUAAAAUCGGGACGUAUCAUUUAACUGUAGAUGACAUAAUCUGCUUUUUCAAUAAAGUGGUUUUGUAGCUAACUGCAAACAA